CCAACAACCAAGUUAGUCGGCACUGGAAACCAGCGGGUCGAGCAUGGAAAAGUUGAAAAAAUAUAUCAACCCAUUUCCAGAGUUUAGCCUCGAUGGGGACUAUUUCUACUCCUUGGAUAUAGCAUGUGUUAUGCUCGAAUUCAAACCACCGUUGUCGAAGCGAACCAGUCUGCGAAUUGCCUGGGCAGUGUUGAAAGUUUUGCUGAUGCUACAGUACCUUUGCUUCACAGUUCACCUCUGCCGUACCAUCAUUGCUCAGGAUAUUGAAAAGUUUGCGACAAUACUGAAUAUGCAUUUCUUUCUCACCGUUUCAAUAUUCCGGGCGGCCGCCCUCGCCUAUCACAGAGAUACGCUAAUAAAGUUGAAGCAAGAAAUCAAUGAAAAAUCUUGCCAGCGAGACGAUGCAGAUGCGUACGAGAUGAGAAAAAAUAUUUUUAUCUGGAACAACAAGUUUCUAGUUAUGAUGUAUUGCUACAACACGACCAACAUGUUCAUCUGGUGCUUUACCACCGGUUUAUAUGACGAACUCUUCAAAAUCCCAUUCUCGUUGGACAUGCUACCGACCGCCCUUCAUUGGCUAAUUGAUGUAGCAUUCGUGCUAAUCACCGUACCGUGGAGCUACACUGGCUGGUUAAGUUUCAAGGAGUUCAUGGUAAUUUUAAGGGUUAUGCGUGUGGAACUGGCAAUUGUUGUGCGCCAGUUUGACCCCCUGUUCCGUAAUGUCACUGAAAGAUUGGAAAUAACCGACUCCAGUCCGGUGUCAGUUUUUCAACAAAAGCAAUACUGGGCUCAAUUGGAGUCUUCAUUCAGCAGUGCCAUUUCACAUCAUUCGUCAUUCAUAAAUAACUAUCAACGGCUUCGAACAAUUGCGAGCAUCAAUUUUUUUGUAUUGCUGACUUCAGCAGGGCUAAUGAUUUCAAUCAGUAUGUUUUUGACACUUCUGAGACCGUCGUUUGAUCGCUUGCCGAUGCAACUUUUCGCCGUCCAGUGUCUGUUCGAAACUUAUUUAUGCUGUUCAAUGUUUACCUCGCUGGAGGAAGUAAAUGAUCAAAUUGCAAGCUACGUGUACGCCAUCGAUUGGCUUUCAAUGGUUCCACGGUCCAGCGACAUCGAUUUUAAAUGUUACAAAUCUAUCCGCCAAAAUGCAUUGAUUCUGCAGCGACAAGUUCAUGGCGGGUUUACUGUUCGGGCGGGCGGAAUGUUCGAACUGAACAUCGAGACCUUCGCGGGAAUGGUAAAAUUAAUACACACACUGUUGACGUGUAUGUCUCAAAUGGAUCUUGGCAGUGAAUAAAAUGUUGAAUCUGAUACAUCUGGCACCAAGCAUUUUAAAAGAUUUUUUCGCACUGUUGUAGUUGUUCUUUGUCAUAGACGUAGAAAAUCGCACUGGAAAUAUAACUGAUUCAAAAUAUUGAA